CAAACAAGCCGGUCAGCUGACCCGGCCUGACUGCGCCGUCAUCCAGACUAUAAGCGCGCGACCUUAGGCGCUUGACUUCACCGUCCCCGGUCGCCGCCACCAUGCAGACCCCCGGCGUCCUGCUGCUUGCCCUCGGCCUGCUGGCCGCGUCCGCCUCCGCGGUGAUCAGAAUACCCUUGCACAAGUUCACAUCCAUCCGCCGAACCAUGACGGAGGUGGGCGGCCCUGUGGAAGACCUGAUCCUUAAGGGCCCCAUAACCAAGUACUCCAUGUCAGCACCUGCUGAGACCAAGGGGCCUGUACCAGAGAUACUCAAGAACUACAUGGAUGCCCAGUACUAUGGCGAGAUCGGCAUUGGGACCCCCCCACAGUGUUUCACAGUCGUCUUUGACACCGGCUCCUCCAACCUCUGGGUCCCCUCCAUCCAUUGCAAGAUGCUGGAUAUAGCCUGCUGGAUCCAUCACAAGUACAACAGUGGCAAGUCCAGCACCUUUGUGAAAAAUGGCACAUCCUUCGACAUUCAUUAUGGCUCCGGUAGCCUCUCUGGGUACCUGAGCCAGGACACUGUGUCGGUGCCAUGUAAGCCAGAGAUGUCUGGAAUCAAGGUGGAGAAACAGACCUUUGGAGAGGCCACCAAGCAGCCUGGCAUCACAUUCAUCGCAGCCAGGUUUGACGGCAUCCUGGGCAUGGCCUACCCCCGCAUCUCUGUCAACAACGUGGUUCCAGUCUUUGACAACCUGAUGCAACAGAAGCUGGUGGACAAGAAUAUCUUCUCCUUCUACCUGAACAGGGACCCCAGUGGGCAGCCCGGAGGUGAGCUGAUGUUGGGUGGCACUGACUCUAAGUACUACAAAGGAGACCUGUCCUACGUGAAUGUCACCCGCAUGGCCUACUGGCAGGUGCACAUGGACCAGUUGGACGUGGCCAAUGGGCUGACCCUGUGCAAGGGAGGCUGUGAGGCCAUCGUGGACACGGGGACGUCCCUCCUCGUGGGCCCUGUGGAUGAGGUGAAAGAGCUGCAGAAGGCCAUCGGAGCCGUGCCUCUGAUCCAAGGCGAGUACAUAAUCCCCUGCGAGAAGUUGCCCAGCCUGCCCUCUGUCUCCCUGAAGUUAGGAGGCAAAAACUAUGACCUGUCCCCAGAAGACUAUGUACUUAAGGUAGUUCAAGGUGGGAAGACCAUCUGCCUGAGUGGCUUCAUGGGGAUGGACAUACCCCCACCUAGCGGGCCUCUCUGGAUCCUGGGUGAUGUCUUCAUCGGUCUCUACUACACUGUGUUUGACCGUGACAACAACAGAGUUGGCUUUGCCAAGGCUGCGAGGCUCUAACUCGCCUCUUGCCCGCCAGCAGGGAAGCAGACCAGAGUCCACUAGAGGAGGCCAGCCAGCCCCACCCUUCCGCCCACCCCAUUCACACGCUCACACUCAGCCAGUGUUGUCGGGGCCCCGGGAGGCCUGGCUGGAGCUGGUCUUGCCAUUCUGUUCUGUGGUUUCCCUCCUUGGGUUCAGAUAGCUGCCCUCUGCCUGUCUGAGUGAAUUCAAGGCCCGCCCAGCACACAGGGCACCUUAAAAGGCCCCUACUGGGUGUCUGCUGAGAUUGUGUGCCCUGCUGUGCCGCCCUUUGCUGUGUGGGCAGUGCUCCACAGCUGGCAAAUGGGUCUUGGGAUCCCUCUUGGAAACCUGCCCCACCCCAGGCCCUUUGCCCAGCCUGGGGAUGGCACCGGACUCCACUCCCCAACUGUGUGUCCUGGCCUGGCCGAGGUCUGAAGAUGAGGAUGGAAGCCAGCCUCAUACGCCUGCAGGGUCACCUGGGGCCUGACUCCACCUGGGAGGGCAUGUGUCAGUCUGGGGUAGGGACAGGAUAGCUUACUGGCUCUAGCUGGCCUCUGCUGCCCUCUUGGGGGGCAAGGCAGCUGGGGAGCCAAAGUUGAUGUACAAAUACAGUUGUUUGGGCCUCAAA